CGCGUGGUGGGAGAAGCUGGGGUGGCAGCUGGGGCUGCUCACCGCCGCUCCCCAUCUGGGCGUCCUGCCGGGCCUUGGUGCUUUGAAGCACUGGGAGGAGGGUCCCUAGGUACUGGCAGUGGGGCAAGGGCCACCGCAGGACCGGCCCCUUCUCGCUGGACGUCGGAAGAUUUGGCCACUUCCCCAGACACGCCCUUACCGCUUACUGAGGUGCGCCCCAGCCGCCCCGCCCUUACCGGCCGCCGCUCGAGCCGGGGAAGUGGGGAAGCCGGCGCAGCGUCCGGCGGGGACAGGACUAGACCCGAGACCCUGAAAGGCCGCCGCAGCAGGGCCAGAAGCCGACCUCGGUCCUCUCUUUCUCAGCCCUCCUGGGACCCCCAGUCCUGCCAGACCCAGCGAGUGACCCCAGGACCCUGGGCCCUCAGCUGACUGCCGCGCGCCCCCGACACUAGCUUGCCUUCCGGGACCCCGGACCUCCGACACACUCCAUUCUUCCUGCCCGCCCCUCCUACCCUGUGCCAGGUCCCCCAGACCCUCUCUAGCCAUAACCUCCUCCCCCAGGUACCCGGGGCGACUUGAGUCAGACCCCUUUUGAGCCGCGCCAUGCGGCUGCAGGUGCUUCGGCCCUGGCUCCGGCUCCUGGCGCUGUUGCUGCCUCUGCUGCCGCCGCCCGUACUGGCCUCGAAGCCCGCCGCGCAAGACGUGAGCCUGGGCGUGGACUGGCUGACCCGUUAUGGCUACCUGCCACCACCCCACCCCGCCCAGGCUCAGCUGCAGAGCCCUGCGAAGCUGCGGGAUGCCAUCAAGGUCAUGCAGAGGUUUGCGGGGCUGCCUGAGACCGGCAUCAUGGAUCCAGCAACAAUAGCCACCAUGCAUAAGCCUCGCUGCUCCCUGCCAGAUGUGCUGGGAGUGGCAGGGCUGGUCAGGCGGCGGCGACGGUAUGCUCUGAGUGGCAGUAUGUGGAAGAAGCGAACUCUGACGUGGAAGGUUCAAUCCUUUCCCCAAAGCUCCCAGCUAAGCCAGGAGACUGUGCGAGCCCUCAUGAGCUAUGCCCUGACUGCAUGGGGCGUUGAGACAGACCUCAAGUUCCAUGAGGUGGAUUCUCGUGGCCAGGAACCUGACAUCCUCAUUGACUUUGCCCGGGCCUACCAUCAGGAUAGUUACCCCUUUGACGGGCUGGGGGGCACCCUAGCCCAUGCCUUCUUCCCUGGGGAACACUCCAUUUCUGGUGAUACUCACUUUGAUGAUGAAGAGACCUGGACUUAUGGAUCAAAAGAUGGUGAGGGUACCGACCUGUUUGCUGUGGCUGUCCAUGAGUUUGGCCAUGCCCUGGGCCUAGGCCAUUCCUCCGCACCCAACUCCAUUAUGAGGCCCUUCUACCAGGGCCCAGUGGGUGACCCUGCCAAGUACCGCCUGUCCCAGGAUGACCGAGAUGGCUUGCAGCAGCUCUAUGGGAAGGCAUCCCAAACCCCAUAUGACAAGCCCACGAGGAAACCCCUGGCUCCUCCUCCCCAGCCCCCAGAAAGCCCUUCAGACCCAGUCCCUAAUCGAUGUGAGGGCAAUUUUGAUGCCAUUGCUAACAUCCGCGGGGAAACUUUCUUCUUCAAAGGCCCCUGGUUCUGGCGUCUCCAGCCCUCAGGACAGCUGGUGUCCCCGAGGCCUGCGCGGCUGCACAGCUUCUGGGAGGGUCUGCCCACCCAGGUGAAGACUGUCCAGGCUGCCUACUCCCGGCACCGAGAUGGCCGAAUCCUGCUCUUUAGCGGCCCCCGGUUCUGGGUGUUCCAGGGGCAGCUGGAGGGCGGUGAGCGGCCGCUCACGGAGCUGGGGCUGCCCCCGGGAGAGGAGGUGGAUGCCGUGUUCUCCUGGCCCCUGAACGAAACCUACCUGAUCCGGGGACAGCAGUACUGGCGUUAUGAUGAGGCUGCUGCGCGCCCCGACCCAGGCUACCCACGCGACCUGAGCCUCUGGGAAGGGGCGCCUUCCGCCCCUGACGACGUCACUGUCAGCAGCACAGGUGACACCUACUUCUUCAAGGGUGUCCACAACUGGCGCUUUCCCAAAGACAGCAUCAAGACUGAAUCGGACUCCCCCCAGCCCAUGGGGCCUAAGUGGCUGGACUGUCCCGCCCCCAGCUCUAGCCCUCGCUUCCCCCGACCCCCUAAAGCGACCCCGGAGUCAGGACCCUGCAAUUGUCAGUGUGAGCUCAAUCAGGCUUCUGGGCAGUGGCCCACGCCUCUCCUGCUGCUGCUCUUGCCCCUGCUGUCGGUGGGCGUCGCCUCCCCAUAAAAGGGACGAAGUGAGCUUCCUUCUCGGAAGGGCCGGAGCCCCACCUCUGGAGCCCCCUUGCCUGUUCCCAGGGCCCGGGGCUCUUGCGCGACCGGCACAGGACGGACUACCCCACCCCAGGCCGCCGUCUCGGGCGCCUCGCUCCCGACCCGGGGGCCGCCAGGGGGCGCUGCGGACUCUCUCUACGGAGCCUUGUGGGAACAGGGCGGGGCGCAGGUGCGGGAUUGUGGACCCUGGAUUAGGGGCCGGAUUUACACGGGGGUUGAAGGACAGAGGGUUGGACCUUGGCCUAGACACACUGAUUGGAAAAAACCCGGCCGCCGGCCUCGCGCUUCCCCCCGCAGGCCGUUCCUUUUCCCGGAAGGGCCAGCCUUUCUCGCACUCUAUCCUGCCCCCACCCCUGCUGGCGACAGCGUUUGAGAUCCUUGUGGAUCCUUACAAGACAGGGCUUGUGGGGAAACUAAACCCAGCCAUCUCCCACACGCUGCUCCGAGUUUCCCUGCGGCUCCUCAUCCUGUCCCUGCUGCCACGACAUUCCACUAGUCACUGCACAUUCGUGGGGACCCAGGACCCAGCCCCAACCUAGAGACCACCCCUGAGGACCCAUGCCUCACGUACAGCGCGCUCCGGAGCACUCUGGGAGAUGUUGGUCUCAUUUCCAGUCACCCCCAUCUAGGCCACGCACCUUGGAUGCCACUCUCUUGCCUUAAAAAAUUUCUUCCAUGGCUCAGUGCCCGUAGCACAGUGGUUAUGGCGCCAGCCUCAUACACCAAGGGGCGCGGGUUCGAACCCGGCCCAGGCCAGCUAAACAACUGCAACGAAAAAAUAGGCGGGCGUAGUCCCAGCUAUUUGGGAGUCUGAGGCAAGAGAAUCGCUUAAGCCCAGGAGUUUGAGGUUGCUGUGAGCUGUGAUGACAAAGUGAGACUUUGUCUCAAAAAAAAAAAAAAAAAAAAACUCUUCAAGCCUUCAACCCUGAGUUUCUACAGUUUCCCCUAGAAUAGCUUGGCUGCCAUCAGCUAAAUGCCAGUGGGGAGAUGGUGGACUAAAUCCUCUCUCAGGCCCACCACUGCUCCCCACUCCCUGAGGGUCCUAGUUCUUGGGUAAGGGAUUGGUGGAACCUGGGCUUCUCAGUCACCCCCUACUCCCCACAGAUUCAGAACCUAAAUCAUUGCUUCUGGAACCAUGCUUCUAGAC